AGGAGAGGAAGAGGAUGGGAUGAUGUAAGCAGAAGCUGCAGAGAUGCUAACUGUGACAGAGUGACAGAUGAAUCCACUGUAACGGAGCCCAGCACAUCACAUCACCCACAGACCCAGCAUCUCCAGGGUGGCAGGGAGGCAGCUGGAAAGGAGGCUGAUGCAGCACUCACACACUGACACACACUCUGACACACACAAACACACACACACUGCAAGCUGCAGUGGAGCUAGCGGCUGGUAGCAUGCUGCAUUGGAGCCUGAUCAGCACAAACAACGAUGUGGUGUCUGAAGCAUCCUGCUGCACGGUGCAGAUGUAGUCAGAAUUCAGGUUGACAUUUAGUUGGAGGAGGGUGCGGAACCAGCGGGUGUUGGUUAUGUCAAAACGAGGAGUAGGAGGGCGAGGGAAGGGAGAGCGACCAGACGCCAUGGCAACACUUCAAGCAGCCAAUGAGGAACUUAGAACCAAACUGACAGAGAUUCAGAUUGAACUCCAACAUGAAAAAAACAAGGUGAGCCGUCUGGAGAGGGAGAAGAGUCAGGAGCUGAAGGCAGAGCAUAACCGUGCAACCGUCACCCUGACGGAGCUGAAGACCAAACUCCAUGAAGAGAAGCAGAAAGAGCUGGCGGUAACCAGGGAGACGUUGCUACGCCAACAUGAGAUGGAGCUAAUGAGGGUCAUUAAGAUCAAAGAUGGAGAAAUCCAACGUCUGAAUGCACUGGUCCAAAAUCUGAGGGAUGGAUCCACAGACAAGGUGAGGAGCGCUUUCAUGGGGGAAGUGGAGGAGGCAAGGAGGAGCUGGGAGACUGAGCGCUGUCGUCUCCAGCAGGAGGUUCAGGAGCACAGAGGAGCAAAGAAGCAUGCUGAGGAAGCCCUGGCAGUGGCUCAGCAGGCCUGUCAGGCCCGUGCAGCUGAGCUCCGAUCAGCUUAUCACCAGCACCAGGAGGAGCUCAACAGAACCAAGAGAGACUGUGAGAGGGAGAUCCGUCGACUGAUGGAUGAGAUAAAGCUGAAGGACAGAGCAGUCAGUGUUUUGGAUAAAGCUUUGGGGCUGCAGGCUGGACAUGCGCACCGCCUCCAGUUGCAGACUCAGGCUGCUGAACAACAAAUCGCUGCCCUGAGAGAUGCACAAAGGGUGGGGCUAAACCAUCCUGCUUCUAACUCCAUCCCUAACAAUGCUUCUUUCAUUUCUCAAGACGAUCGAGAUACUCGGAGAUUUCAGCUGAAGAUUGCUGAGCUCAGUGCAGUCGUCAGGAAGCUGGAAGAUAGAAACUCUCUACUGUCUGAAGAACGGAAUGAAUUGCUGAAGCGUCUGAGAGAAACGGAGAGUCAGUUUCUUCCUCUUCUGGAUAAAAACAAACGUCUGAGCAGGAAAAAUGAAGAACUUGCUCUUGCCCUGCGUCGUGUUGAUAACAAACUUCGCUUUGUGACCCAGGAGAACAUGGAGAUGACAACUCUGAGGAGGCCCAGUUCACUGAAUGACUUGGACAAAAGCCACUCAACAAGUUACCAUGGCUAUAACCAGGAUGAGCGAGAGAUGGAGUUUCUACGCUUACAGGUGGUGGAGCAGCAACAUAUCAUUGAUGACCUCUCCAAGGCUUUGGAGACGGCAGGUUAUGUAAAGAAUGUCAUUGAGCGAGACUUGUUACAAAGAUACAGACGUCAGGAACAGAUGAGGAGGAGGAGAACCUUCAAAGCUUGCAGGGUCAUAGAGACAUUUUAUGGCUAUGAUGAAGAGACGUCAAUAGAUUCUGAUGGAUCAUCUUUGUCGUUCCAUACCGACAGAACUCCGGAUACUGAACCCGAUGAGACUUGUGUACGGGAAGAGGCAGAGCUUCGUUACCGUCAGCUUACUCAGGAGUAUCAGGCUCUACAGCGAGCAUACGCUCUGUUGGCUGAGACGUGUGGCGGAAACUACGAUGCUGAGAAAGAGAUCAAGACCAGAGAGCAGCUGCUAAAUGAAAUCAGUCGAUAUCAGAGCAGAGUGGCCGAUCUGGAGUCAGCACUGCAACAUCAAGGAUUGGAUGUGAAGUGGGUGGAAGAGAAGCAGGCUCUCUAUCAGAGGAACCGAGACCUAGUGGAGAAGGUAAAGGAGAUGGAAACCGAAGAGCUGCGACUGAAAAAUGACAUUCAGGAUAUCAGAGACCAAAAUGAGCUACUGGAGUUCAGGAUGCUAGAGCUGGAGGAGAGGGAGCGUCGCUCACCUGGCAUCAGCUUCAAACAACUGCACUUCCCAGAAGGUCUCAGUCCUCUUCAGAUCUAUUGUGAGGCUGAAGGAGUCACAGACAUUGUCAUCAGUGAGUUGUUGAAGAAAUUGGACAUUCUGGGGGAUAACGCC